UAAGCAAAGUUGAAUCGAGGGUAAUGCGCGGCGCCCAUUAACACAACCCAACGCUAUUUGAUGCCAAAUUACAGAAAUAGAUAACAAAAGGUUGGUUAGGUUGGAUUCAGGUCAACAGUUAAGUAGUUAAUGACACACAAGCAAAUAAUAUAAGAUUGAAAGUGCGGUGUUUUGUGUUUGAUGCCAAAAUGGGAAGCUUUAGCGUUGUGAAGAACAGCAACAACUUCCUCAGAAAACACAGGAAGUGGCCAUUUUCAUCUCACAAAACCACAUGGCAUCAAACGUUCGAUCAGGACGAAGCUUUGCGAAUCCUAAAACAAUCUGCCAAUUCCCACCAACCCCACCUUCUUCUUUCCACUCUUAUAACCUCCUUCACAUCCUACUCCUGCCACCCAACCCCCAACGCCUACUACUUCGUUCUCAAAACCCUAGCUCGAACCUCCCAAUUCCACCACAUUCCCCCUGUUCUUCAUCGCCUCCAAUUCGUUGAGAAAUUCCAAACCCCAGAGUACAUAUUUGUCGACCUCAUCAAACUUUACGGACGAAUGAACAGAAUUCAAGACGCCGUCACUCUUUUUCGUCGGAUUCCCAUGUUUAGGUGCUUUCCUUCUACGCUUUCACUCAAUUCUUUACUUUCCCUGCUCUCUCGAAAUGCCCAAGGCCUUCCUAUGAUUCCUGACAUCCUUUUGAAUAGCCACUCUAUGGGUAUUAGGCUUGAACACUCCACUUUUCGGAUACUAAUUACUGCCUUAUGUAAAGUUAAUAAAGUUGGGCACGCAAUGGAGAUUUUCAAUUAUAUGAUAACAGAGGGUUAUGGUCUCAAUCCACAAAUCUGCUCUUUGAUAUUGGGAUCGCUGUGCCAACAAAAGAAUUCCUCUGGUGAUGUGGUUCUUAGCUUUCUGGAAGAAACGAGGCAAAAAGGAUUCUGUCCCGCUGUGGUAGAUUAUUCUAAUGUAAUUAAGUUUUUCGUUACGAGAGGGAUGAGUUCAGAUGCUAUUGACCUAUUGAAUAAAAUGAAGGCCGAUGGUUUCAAGCCUGACAUUGUUUGUUAUACUAUGGUCUUGAAUGGGGUGAUUGCGGAUGGGGAUUAUCAAAUGGCAGAUGAACUGUUCGAUGAAUUGCUUCUCUUUGGUUUAGUUCCUGAUAUUUAUACGUACAACGUGUACAUACAUGGAUUAUGCAAACAAGGUAAUUCGGCAGCGGGGCUUCAAAUGAUUUCGCAUAUGGAGGCACUGGGGUGCAAACCCAAUGUGAUUACUUACAAUAUUCUAUUGAAAAGUUUGUGUAUAACCGGUGAACUUGAUGAGGCAAGGAAGCUUCGAAGUAAGAUGCAACUAAAGGGUCUGGCAGAAAACUUGCGGACUUUUAGGAUUAUGAUCGAUGGUUUAUUUCAUAACGGUGAGGUAAUUGAAGCCUGUGCCCUAUUGGAGGAAAUGCUAAGAAGUCGUUUCCCUCCUCAGAUUUCAACUUUUAGUGAGAUACUUUCUCGGUUGUGCAAAAGACACAUGGUAGGCAAAGCACUUGAGUUGCUCACGUUAAUGGUAGGAAAGAACUUUUCCCCAGGUCCUAAGGCUUGGGAAAUACUGCUCCUGAGUUCUGAAAGUGAACUAACUUCUGUUAAGAGCCUUGAAACUACUUUAAAAGAUUUAGUAGGCAUCUGAAGACACUCAACCUCCACGGAUUUUGGAAUUCUCAACUAUAGAAGUCCUCUCGACCAUGCUCAAACUGGUCUCUAUUUUAUUCUGUAAUGGACCAGCCUUCGUUUUACCCUACUCUCAAUAAGGUGUUGCAAUGCGACGUUGUGUGAGCUAUAUAUCUGCUGGUGUUUUGGUAAAAGGAGAGAACCCACCCUUCAACUUCAUGAGCUGGGCAGAGUUUACUGCAAAUCAACAUCUAAUAGUGUAACUGUAAGUGGAAACUUAAAUCAGUGCUUACUUUUUAUCGUGUUAGAUUAUAAAUCUUCAUUUUCAUAGAACGCAGUGCACUUUUUAUGGUUCCCCAUAAAUAUCAAAGAUGAUUCAGUCAAUUUUUUUAUUAUUAUUGGAACAGAAACAAGCCUUUUCAUUUAAAUAAAGAAAUGAGACUGAUGCUCAAUAGACAUAUAAUGAUGACGAAACAUAAAUAACCAACCAAGAGAUAAAAUCAAGUACUAAUGUGAACGUUUAGCUGUGGAAUACAGGCUAAUUUAAAAAGAAGGACAAACAAAGCACUACAUCUUAAACAAUGACUUAAAUUGAAUAGUUUAGAAAGAUCGGAAAGAGAGCACCGAAGGAAGGAAAUGACUCAAGUAAGCUCAAAAAGGCUUAACCAAUGAAGUGGCGCAUCUUAAAAAUGUGUCACUUCAAGGGGCACCUUAUAUGGUUGAACUUUUCGCUAGCUUGGCAAGAAAAUGAACAGGUUAUUUGAUCCUAAUUGAUUAGUCUGCUUUAAAGUAUUAAUAAGUGAUAUGUAUCUCGAGCCAAGCUAAUUUGAACCUACUAUUAUGUCAUAAUCGACUGGUACUGAUGGGAUGGAUGUCAUUUUGGCAUCUUCUAAUUAGUGGUUAUUUUCAAUUGGAUAUAUCAUAUAUUUAGUAUGAAAGAACGGUGGGGGAUGAUGAGGAUAUGCUUUACCAUUUUAGUUUAGAUAAACUAUAAUCAAAGCUAUCUAAUCCUGCAUGCCUACAAAGUUAACCUCUAGUUUUUUGUAUUUGAUAUGGCCACGGGACUUUGUUUUCCUUGUAUUCUUCUACUAGAAAGUGUUAAUUGUUCUUGAACAAAUGGCCUGUUGCUAGUGAACUGUAACUUUUGGAAGUGUCUUCUAGAUCUUAAAUCAGAUCAGCAAAAGUUUCUCUGGUCUACCUGCGCGAAAGGAAAUUGGACUUGGAACUUUAUACUCUUAGUCGAGUAAAUUGGAUCUCCUACCUCAUUAGGCAGUCCGUGGGCUGAAAUGGAGGAUUUUAAAGGUUAAACCUAUAAAUGACGAGAGACAAAUCAUGGACAGCAAGAAUAGUUGCACAGUAACUUUUGAACAAUACAGAAUCCUUUUUUUAAACACAACUGUAUCAAAAGAACUUUCAGAAAAUUGUUCCACAUGGAAAGCACUGAAACCGUAUCUUAAGCUGAUUCAACUUAGCUUUUAGUUGUUUGGUGAGAAAAGAAAAAAGAACUGAAAAAGCUUCUUAGUUGACACCAAUAUGAUGAGAAGAAGCUUUUCUCUCUCUCUCUUGAAGGCAGCUCCAAGUUGAAUCUCACUCACCAUCAACUUUUAGGAUCUUCCCAGUUCCACUAAUGGAAGUUGGAACCUG